CUUACUGGUGUGGUUCUUCUUUGGGGCACAGCUUCGGAUAAGUCUGCUCUGUUAACCUGCCAAAGACGAUCAGAUCUGCACUUUACAAAGUAAUAUGAAUACAUUCUGUUGGUGGCAUUGACUUGUCUUCAGUUUUAAAGAGUGACAGCACAUUUACCGUGCUGGUGCGUGGAGCUUCUGCAGCUUCUGCUUCAAUGCACCCCUUCAUGCAUGUGUUUUACGUGACUGUAUGUGUAUGAGAGAGAAGGAAGAGAGUGAAAUGGUGCGUGUAGGUGUGACAGCAAUGCAUGUCACGAAGCAGUAGCAUACACGCUGUGUGUGUCUGAGUGUGAAUGUUUUGAGUAAGGGUGUGUGUGUGAUGUCAGGAGACACCAGCACCCUGUCCUGGAGGAGCAUGUCUCCCACCAGCCAGUCAGGUUCCUUGGAUAUGUCUCCCACGGCAAAUUUCACCAGGGACAGCGUCUUCCCGGUGAAGAUCAUCAAAGUGUGUUUCCUUAGCAACAGCUCCAACCUGGGCAAGAACUUCAAACUGAUCCGCUGUGAGGAGGGAUGGACUGUCAGGAAUGUCAUAGAUAUGGUGCUAUCCAGUGGCUGUGUGGGUCCAGACAUAAAAUACGGAUUAUGCUACGGCCUCCUCCUCAAACACCUCAAGUCCUCAGAGAUACACUGGCUGCACCCAGAUCUGACUGUGUCGGAGCUCACCCAUCGUUACGAACAGCAGCAUCUGGAGGCUGAGUGGAGAUACGAUCUAAGGAUCAGAUACAUCCCAACAGACUUCAUGGAGAAAUUCAAAGAUGACAGAACCACCAUGCUCUACUUUUACCAACAGGUACGGAGUGACUACAUGCAGCAGUAUGCCUCAAAAGUUAGUGACGGGAUGGCUCUGCAGCUUGGUUGUCUGGAAAUAAGAAGAUUCUACAAAGACAUGAAUCCAAACGGACUGGAGAAAAAGUCCAACUUUGAACUAUUAGAGAAGGAUGUGGGGCUGGAACUGUUCUUUCCCAGAGAGCUGAUCAACAGCAUGAAGCCUAAGCAGUUACGCCGGCUGAUCCAGCAGACGUUCCAGGGCUACUCCUCUCUGAAGCAGGACCAGUGCAUGGAGAGGUUCUUCACCACUUUGGCUCAGUGCCACAGCUACACACAGGAGAGGUUCGCCUGCCAGCUCGUGCAUGGUUGGAACCUAACAAUAGACCUGGUCAUUGGUCCAGAAGGCAUCAGUCAACAAACUGACAACUCUACACCCGUCUGUUUGGCCACAUUCUCUCAGGUGUCCAGCAUCUCCUGCUCUGCUGAGAGCGACGGUCGGGCUCUGCUCACAGUGCACAUAGAGGGAGCCAAACAGCCACUGUCAGUGAACACCACCUCUCUGGCUGUGGCUGAAAACAUGGCUGACCUGAUAGACGGCUACUGUCGGCUGGAAGGCAGCUCUGAGAGCUCACGCAUUAUCCGGCUCAACAGAGGAAGAGACACAAGACUGAAACUGCCCGACAUCCCAAAACGUGGUGGUCCCAGUGGUUCUGAUAGAGGUUUGAGUUCGGAUAUUUAUGCAGAGAUUCCAGAGGGCACAGAUAACUCUGAGAGGCACAGAAUCUCCAGAGAGGACAUUGUUGUGGGUCGGAUCCUGGGUGAGGGAUUCUUCGGAGAGGUUCACGAUGGAGUUUAUAAAAGCCCGACAGGAGAGAGGAUUUCUGUGGCCAUCAAAACAUGCAAGGACUGUUCAGCUGAUGUAAAGGAGAAGUUCCUGAGUGAAGCCGGCUUGAUGAAAGAUUUGGAUCACCCCCACAUUGUGCGUCUGAUCGGAGUCAUUGAGGUUGAUCCUGUCUGGAUCGUCAUGGAGCUCUAUGAACAUGGAGAGCUGGGGAACUAUCUGGUGGAGCAGCAGUACAGCCUGACCAUUGCAACGUUAAUCCUGUACUGUCUACAAAUCUGCAAGGCCUUGGCUUACCUGGAGGGACUCAAUAUGGUGCACAGAGAUAUCGCGGUGAGAAACGUUCUGGUGGCUUCUCCUGACUGUGUCAAGCUCGGUGACUUCGGCCUCUCUCGCUACGUCGAUGAACAUGAAUAUUAUAAAGCCUCGGUUAGUCGAUUACCGAUCAAAUGGAUGGCACCUGAGUCCAUCAACUUCAGACGCUUCACCACAGCGAGUGAUGUGUGGAUGUUUGGUGUGUGCGUGUGGGAGACCUUCUCCAUGGCCCAGCAGCCGUUCUUCUGGCUGGAGAACGGGCAGGUGAUCAACCAGCUGGAGUCGGGAGUUCGGCUCCCCAAACCGCAGCUCUGCCCGCCCACCAUCUACUCCCUGCUCAGCCGCUGCUGGUCCUACGAACCAAACGUCCGGCCCAGCUUCAGCCAACUCGUCUGCUCCCUGAGCGAGAUCCACAGGACUGAGUUAGGGCAGGAGACUGGUGUCGGACGAGACAGGUCACAUCGCAGCUCUAUUGUAUCAUUAUUUGACCCUAACCUCACAGAGCCUCCACCCAAGCCAUCCAGAACACAAGGCAACACCCUUCCUCGGGUCAGGAACCCACAGUUACUGCUACCUCCUGAAAAAAAGCCAGAAAAUGGUCCUCCAGAGAAGCCCCCAAUGCCCCCCACAGUCACACAGCCUCGGCCCACAGCUGAGCUGGACCGAUCAGGUGAUCAAGUUUACACCGGCGUCAUGGCAAUGGUGAAACAGGUGGUCCAGCUGAAGAAUGAUGUCAAUACACUGCCUGCCUCCGAGUAUCCCAACGCUGUCAAAGCCGUGGGUAUCACUCUCCGUAGUCUGAUUCAGAGUGUCGAUGAGAUCCUGCCCUCUCUGCACAGCUCUGUCACAACAGAGAUUGAGGGCACUAAGAAACCUGCCUCACAAGAUGAAGAGGAUGGUGGGGAAUGAGGAGAGAGCAUGCAAGUGCCCUGUUGAUCGAAUGGACUGGUCUGUUAUCAGAUUUUGGCAAAAGCUUUGUUCCCCUGAGAAUGUGCAACACUUUCUGUACUCAUGCUGUUGAAAGAUGUCACAAUAUAUUUGAAUUUUCUCCUAAACUGAGCGUUUCUUGAAGCUGAACAAAUCAAACAACCACAAUGUAUAUUGGUGAUAAGGUUUGUCCUGUUUUUUUUCUUUUUUUAUUCUUUUUAUUAUUAAAGUCAGUGACAUUCUGCA